AUGGCACCCACCACGCCCGUGAACAGCAGCAAUCCCACCGUCCCGCAAUUCACCUUCAUCCGCACCGACACCACCACCCAAGAAGUGAUCCGCCCGCCCGUCUUCGAGGGUGAUGCCCCGGACCCCUCUGCACCAACCACAACCACCACAACAGAACAACAACUUGCGGCUGUUUCCCCGCCGUCCUCCCACCAUCGCAAAUCCCUCAACCCCUUCCGUCGGUCGCGAGCUCCCUCACAAUCCUCAGGCGUGACGUCCCCGCCGCGAGCCCGGGGCGAAGGCCGGCUGUCGCAUCUGCUGCAUCUCGACCGCGGCGGUGGUAGCGGUGGUAGCGGCGGCGGCGGCGGGUGGUCGCGGAGUUCGAGCUCCUCGUCCGUGAACGUCCCGCCGGAUCUCCCGCGGAUAAUCACUAGUGGUGGGAAGGGGGAUGGCGAUGCUGCGGCGGCGGCGCGCGAGGAUGUGGAGGCCGAGUGGGAGCGGCGGGCGACGGUGCUGGUGCAACGGAAUCCGCAGUUCGCGGCGUGUUUGUCGCCGACCGGUUCCACCACGCCCACGGGGUUUGGGAUGGACGGGGCGGUGGCGUCGCGGUCACGGAGUUCGAGUUGCAGUCGGAUUAAUGAUCCGGAUGGCGAUGUUAAUAUCCAGGAGGCUAUUCGACUGCAUGAGGCUGGAGAUCUGGAACGAUCCACUGAGAUGUUUGGUCGCUUAGCCGAUCCUGAAGGGGCCAACAAUGCCCUCAGUCAAGUGCUCUAUGGGCUUGCACUUCGACAUGGUUGGGGAUGCGCGCCAGACCAGGACAAGGCGAUUACGUAUCUGUCGGCCGCGGCGGCCAAUUCGGCCUCGGUCGAGUCCGAGGCGCUCCAGGCCGGCAUCAAGAAAGGAGGAGCGGCCAAGGGCGAACUGACGCUGGCGAUCUUCGAGCUGGCCAACUGCUUUAGGAAUGGCUGGGGCGUCAAGAAGGACCCCGUCGCGGCACGACAGUACUAUGAGACCGCCGCCAACCUCGGCGAUACGGACGCGAUGAACGAGGUUGCUUGGUGCUACCUGGAAGGGUUUGGAGGGAAGAAGGACAAAUUCGCGGCCGCCAAAUACUAUCGAUUGGCGGAGGAGAAAGGGAGCAAAACCUUGGGAAAUUCUUGGAUCUGGAAGGACAAGUACAACCCGCAUUGA